UCAGAUUCUCUAUCAAUCCGACGGCUGUGACCACAGUAAUCUAUUCCUUCCCGACAAGACUCGCAACUAGAUUUCUUCCCAGUUCUGUAAAGUCCCGCUCUUUUCAUCAUCUCUAUCUUCAUCACCAGCUUCUGUAAAUCCCAUACUCUUAUCUAUCCUCAAAAGGAGAUUCAAAAAAAUGCAGGAGCAAACGACAAGCUCUUUACCUGCAAGCUCUCUACCGUCAAGCAGCGAGAGAUCCUCAAGCUCUGCUCCUCAUUUGGAGAUCAAAGAAGGAAUUGAAAGCGAUGAGGAGAUACGGCGAGUUCCGGAGUUUGGAGGAGAAGCUACCGGAAAGGAAAUCUCUGGUUCGGGAACCGGUCAGGACCAGACACAAGCAACGGUCGGAGGAGAGAGUCAAAGGAAGAGAGGGAGGACUCCGGCUGAGAAAGAGACCAAGCGGCUUAAGAGGUUGUUGAGGAACAGAGUUUCAGCACAGCAAGCAAGAGAGAGGAAGAAAGCUUACUUGGGUGAGUUGGAAAAUAGAGUGAAAGACUUGGAGAAUAGAAACUCUGAACUUGAAGAGAGACUCUCUACUUUGCAGAACGAGAACCAGAUGCUUAGACAGAUUCUGAAGAACACAACAGGAAACAAGAGAGGAGGCGGUGGUUCUAACGCUGAUGCGAGCCUCUGACCUCUUUGUUCUUAUGGUAUUUAUGUUGAUAAAAUUUUACAGAGAAUUGUACUAAUAAAUAUUUACAUUUGCAUGGUAUGUGUCUGUGACUUGAAACUCUUGUAGUUGUCUUUAGAUUUUCUUAAUUCGUUUUUCUUUGUUUGUCUGAUAGAUUUGCUUAAUUAAAAAAAAUUAAUUUUGUUGAA